AUGGCAUCACACCGGGAAAAGAGUCAUUCUCUGCAGCAUCACGCCGCUGCCGCUGCUGUCAAGGCUGUGCCGCCCCAUCACCACGCUGAUGCUGUGACUGCACUCCACACUGCUGCCCACCAUGCCACCGCCGCCACCAUUGUAGGCACUGCGGCACUGCCAUGCUGCCGGUGCUGCGGGAAGCCCAGGGAGGAGGAGGCGUCUGUGAGUGAGAAUGGCAUUGACUGCCAGCAACGGCGUGACACAUCCAUGCUCGCGCUCCUCCUGCCUAUGCUGCCCGUGCUGCGUGUGCUACCUAUGCUGCCUGUUCCUGCUUGUCCCCCAAACCCCCCUUCCCCUCCCCACCCCUUCGCAUGCUCCCACCUCUGCUCCGCCUGUGUUUCCACAACUGCUCUCGCCCAUGCUGCCCCCAAGUCGUCCCUUUGGGGUCGCUCAGCAGAGGAGUUGGUGCUGAGGAGGAGUAGGGGAGGCAAGGCGAGGCGUGCGGAGGAGGGGCUGGGAACGGACCUCACCCACCCCCACUCUCCACCUCACCCACUUCUCUUCCCCGCUGUCCACGCCCAGCGCCCCCAGCUCGUCCAUCAGCCACCGCCGUGCCCUCUCGCCCCCACUUCUCUUCGCCGUGGUCGCCACCCGUCCCGUGCCCUCUCGCCCUCCCCUUGCUCGGAGAAGUUCAGUCUGGAGAGGGGGAACCAGGGGCGGAUGGGGUGGAAAGCAAGCAGGAGAGGGGGAACCAGGGGUGGAUGGGGUGGAAAGCAAGCAGGAGAGGGGGAACCAGGGGCGGAUGGGGUGGAAAGCAACCAGGAGAGGGGGAACCAGGGGCGGAUGGGGUGGAAAGCAAGCAGGAGAGAGGGAGCCAGGGGUGGAUGGGGUGGAAAGCAAGCAGGAGAGAGGGAACCAGGGGCGGAUGGGGUGGAAAGCAAGCAGGAGAGGGGGAACCAGGGGCGGAUGGGGUGGAAAGGAAGCAGGAGAGGGGGAAGCAGGGGCGGAUGGGGUGGAAAGCAAGCAGGAGAGAAGGAACCAGGGGCGGAUGGGGUGGAAAGCAAGCAGGAGAGGGGGAACCAGGGGCGGAUGGGGUGGAAAGCAAGCAGGAGAGGGGGAACCAGGGGCGGAUGGGGUGGAAAGCAAGCAGGAGAGGGGGAACCAGGGGCGGAUGGGGUGGAAAGCAAGCAGGAGAGGGGGAACCAGGGGUGGAUGGGGUGGAAAGCAAGCAGGAGAGGGGGAAGCAGGGGCGGAUGGGGUGGAAAGCAAGCAGGAGAGGGGGAAGCAGGGGCGGAUGGGGUGGAAAGCAAGCAGGAGAGGGGGAACCAGGGGCGGAUGGGGUGGAAAGCAAGCAGGAGAGGGGGAACCAGGGGUGGAUGGGGUGGAAAGCAAGCAGGAGAGGGGGAACCAGGGGCGGAUGGGGUGGAAAUCAAGCAGGAGAGGGGGGAACCAGGGGCGGAUGGGGUGGAAAGCAAGCAGGAGAGAGGGAACCAGGGGCGGAUGGGGUGGAAAGCAAGCAGGAGAGAGGGAACCAGGGGCGGAUGGGGUGGAAAGCAAGCAGGAGAGAGGGAACCAGGGGCGGAUGGGGUGGAAAGCAAGCAGGAGAGGGGGAACCAGGGGCGGAUGGGGUGGAACGCAAGCAGGAGAGGGGGAACCAGGGGUGGAUGGGGUGGAAAGCAGGCAGGAGAGGGGGAACCAGGGGCGGAUGGGGUGGAAAGCAAGCAAGGGAUGGGGAACCAGGGGCGGAUGGGGUGGAAAGCAAGCAGGAGAGGGGGAACCAGGGGUGGAUGGGGUGGAAUGCAAGCAGGAGAGGGGAAUGCACCUGCAAGACUUGCGUGUUGA